AUGCCUCCCAUCAAGGUCCACAUCGACGACCGAAUCACGCCGAAGAAGGGAGACGCGGUCACACCACAAACGUCGGACACUUCCAAUCCACAGAAUGCCGUGAAUGCGACGACUACUGCGCAGCAGAAUCCCCCAUAUCCGCCUGCCCAACCUGGUGCUGCCGCAGUACCAGCUGCAACGCCCUAUGUACCAAAUCCGCAACCACAACCAACUCCAACACGAACAUCAGCAUCUACGAACAACUAUGGGCCUCCGGCGCCACAACCAGGUGCGGUACCAGUACCUCCUGGGCAGCAGGCGCCCGUGACAGCGGCAAUACCACCACCUCCCAAAGCUGGAGAGACGCCUCAGCGAGCUCAGGCCCCGCCGACGACAAUGCCUCCGCAGAUGGGAGUUCCUCCCCCGCAAAGCAACUACACGCCAACGAAGGGAACGAUGUACAGUCCUCCUGAGACAACAGGUCCUACCACGCUCAACUUCGGCGCUGUACCUGCGCCUGCCCCAAUCACUGCUGGCUCUCACCCACCCGGCUAUCAACAGAACACGAAUGCUCAAGAGAUGACUUCAGCGGCGAGGGCGAGCUUGGACGCAGAAGAGCGGAGAGGAAGCAACUUUGGGACAAACUUUGGUCUGGGUGGAGGUGAUAGCACGAAUGAUACUGCCGGCAACGUCUGGAAUGCCGUGAAGGGAUGGGCGACAACCGCAGGCAAAUCUCUGGCGGAGACGGAAAAGGAGGUUUGGAAGAGGAUAAAUGGGGACAAGUGA